GGAGAAUCAGCUGACUUUGUCACAUGACUUUAUUAACAUGCAACUAUCCUCCUAGCAUAACAGGCGAAGUGAGCAGUAUUUGGAAGUGUAUAAAAUCAUUAGUUCCGGAAGGAAACAACACAGAGAAAUGACUAUUUCCCUUUCUAAGGCAGGUGAGGAAAGCUCGAGCAUCGUUGGCCAUAUGGAAAAGUGCCUCUUCAGCUGUGACCACUGAGCAGAGAAGAGUCACGGUGAAAGUGGACAUGCAUCCGUUCGGCUCUGAGUCCGAGACCUCCCUUAAGGACCUGUUUGAGUACUUCAAAAGGUGUCUGCAGCAUGGAGAGUGGGAGCUGGCCAUUGCCUGUGUGCCACAGCUGGUUAACUCAACGGGAGGACUCUCAGAAAACCUUUGUGACAUAAUCAAAGCUGUUGUCUGCCAUCCUUACAAGUUAAAAUGGGAGUCUGUGGGCAGUCCACACAAGCUGGCUUGGUUUUGGCUUCAGGUUUUGGAAAAAUGGACAGAAGACCAGGUUUCUCCCCACAUCAGGAGAGAGCUGGAGUUCCUGCUGCUCCUGGAGGAAGUGGGGUCAGAGGGCAUACCAGAGACUGCUGUCAAGGAGUUGCAUCAGGCCUUCUUGAACCAGCAGUCUGAUCAAAAGGCCCCGGAGGGCUCAAGGAAAACAGAUGCUGCUGUUGAGGCUUGCCUGCAAACUUUAUUGGAAAAAAAGAAGCCCAGACUCGCUCAGUCUUUAGCACAUUUUUUACAGGACCAGUCAUGCACAGAAGACCAGACUCUGCAGCACACGUUCAUCCAGCACCUGAUGAAGAAACUGGGAAAGCCGGAGAGGAGGCCGGAAAAGGUGGAGGAGUGGGUGGAGGAGAUAUACGCCGUGUUGUCUGUGAUGCCGUGGGGCUCUCGUCGAAGCGGCGGGCAGCUGGAUGCGCUGUGCGAGGCGCUCUGGGCGGCCAGAGACGGGCCCCUGAAAGAGGAGAGGAUCCUGAGCUCGCUGCUUCGCCCUCGGUGUGAUGCUCUCGUCUCUGCUUACUGUUCCACCGCUUUGAGACUUCAGAGAGAUCACCUGCUGAGGAACGCGCCCGACACAAAAGUGGACCUUCCUGAAUCAGAGAAACUGACUCUCAGUUUAUGUUGCCACAAGGAUCGUUCAUCCAUUUGGAAGACCAUUUAUUUUGAAUGUCUUAGUAGUGGAAAGCACUUCCUGGAGCAGGUCUUGGUUACCGCACUCGACCUCAUUAAACACGAGGAGUUUUCUCAGCUGAGAGACUUGCUGAAGUUGGAGUUCCAGCCUUUGUCUCGUUUGCUGUUGCUGCUGGGAUGGACUCAAUGUCGCAGCCUGAGCUCGGCUCAAACGCUGCUCAGCAUCCUUCACCGCGAGCAGGCACCAGCCAAUGACUCUGUCCUGCAGGAGUUUGCCAGUCUGCUGUCCUCUCAGCUUGUAAUACUUGAAUGGUGUAAAAACAACAAUCCAAGUCUCUCCAUGGAAGCAUUGCUGGCACAGCUUCACACCCUGGACAACCACUCUGCUCUCUACAUUCUGCAUUCCCUGACUCCUCUGGCUCAGUUUGAAGAGCGCAAGAUAUUGGAUCUGCUGCAGCAACUGCCAAAUUCACCAGGGACAGAGCACACUGAGGCCGUCGGUACUGUCAGUCCUGGUGUGCAGAGGAACGUCAUUUUAUUCCAGGGUUUCUGUGCCAUGAAGUAUGCCAUCUAUGCUCUCUGUGUAAAUGCCCAUAAAUACUCAAAUUGCACCGAGUGUGAGUUCAUGCAGCAGCAGGAUCAGCAGCUUCACCAACCAACCGAAGCAGAAAUUGACCACAACCAAACCUCAGCUUCCUCAGAAGGUUGCCGCUUGCUCUUCCAGCACUACCUGUCAGAGUGCCAGCUCUAUCUGGAGGCUGUGCCUGCCAUGUUCCGUCUGGAGCUUCUGGAGAACAUCUUCUCCCUUCUCUUUCUGUCCACUGCUGACUUUGCCCAGCAGGUCCAAAAAGACACAAACUCGAGCUUGGGCAAUGCCACUCAGUGUUUAUCAGAUACAAAAAACACAAAUGUAAAAUUGUUAACAACAGCAAAAUCAGGCGAGACUGAGUACAGCACGAAAGAGAAUCAGAAGCAGUAUUCAGCCCAUCGUAGUCACCUGGACCUGGACCUGGGGCACUUAACCCAGGGCUGCAGGGGGUUUCUGGUUGAUGUGGUGGCCAUGGAGGGUUUUCUGAAACUGCUCAAAGAAGGGUUGGAGGGCAUGUGCGUGGUGGGCCAGCAGGGUGGACAGGAGGCGGGAAGAGCGUUGCCUCGAGAGGCCGCGGCGGCGGAAAGUCUCGGCUGCUCGGUCACGGCUGAGACAUUUGGAGCUCGUCUGCAGAGGUUGUCUGCUCGCACUGCAGAGGCUCAGUGGAGGCUGCAGAUCAUCACCAGCAAUCAGGGCAGUGGAAGCGGUUCAGAAAGUCCAAUCCAGAUGUCCGCAGUCAGCUGUCCCAUCACUUCUCUGGGGCGCAGCAAGAGCUCGAGUCUGAGACGAAGGAAGAGACACGGGAGACAUGCCACAGAGAGACAAACCUCCGUGGAGAAACACAAUGGAGAAGUUAGCACGAGUGCAUCAGAUGGCGGAGGAGGGACAGGCUGUGUGGAACGGGAGGUUUGUCCAUGUGGAGGUCCCCACAGCUGGCUGGUCCCCGUCAUGUUGUCCUCUCCUGAGUCUCUGCUCAUGUCCUGCAUCCGCCGAGGGAACUUCAUGGAGGCGCGUCAGGUGUGUCUGAUGUUUGACCUGGAGGCGUCUGCCUGUUGUGGUGAGCUGGCGUUCAUGGAGUGCUACAAAGAAGUCCUGGUGGAGUUAGGACGGGUGGAACAGAAGAUGGAGAGCCAGUCUAUGUCUUCAUCCUCGUCCUCCUCAGAGGGUUUGGGGACAGCAGUUGUGUCGGUCGCAGGCAGGAGUCGGCUGGGCAGCAGUGGGCGAUCGACCCUGCAGGCCAUCGGAAGUGCUGCCGCUGCAGGUGUGGCUUUCUACUCCAUCUCAGACAUAGCAGACCGUCUCCUCAGCACCCCCGCUCACCCAAUGCCCUCACUGGAGGAAGGCUACUGGCUGAGUCAUUGCACUUCAGACCCCUCUGGCCUCCUUUACACACUGUUGGAAGAGCUCAGCCCGGCGGCCAUGGCUGCCUUUGACCUGGCCUGCUGCCACUGUCAGCUCUGGAAGACGUCCCGACAGCUGCUGGACACAGCGGAGCGCAGGCUCAGCAGCAGCCUGGAGGCUCGAGGAGUAAGAGUUGACCCUAAGGUUCCCCAUUCAGAUGGGAUAUGUGGAUUUCCCAUGGUAUUACAACAGCUCAACAAAAUCCUGAAUCAUUUUGCCACUAACAAGGGCUCUGUAAAAACAGAAGCUGUUGGGGAAGAACAAGUGUUUGCCAGCCCAUUUGGUUGCUGCAUCCAGGAAGUGCUCUUGUGCUGUCACUCAUCACUGAGUGAAGAGCUCAUUGCCGCUCGCCUCAGUCGAGCUCAGCAUUUGGAGACCACCCUGCACAUCCUGAGCACCGCUGCAGAUGGCACAGGUCGGCACGAGGGCAGUGCUGGCAGUGCUCUGCUGGCUCUGUUGGUUGAACAGGCCAGUCUGAAACAGUCGGAGCUGGACGCUCACCCUGUGCGUUACAGCAUGAAGCAGCUGCUUCGUUCUCUGGACGAGCUUUGCCCCUUUGAGCCAGACAGAGAUCUUGCCAGACCAGAUUAUGUGCGCAGUUUCCUCGACUACGUCAACACACUGGCAUCUGUGUUAGUGCGCAGCCUUGGUUCAGAAGACCAGAGCAGUGAAGUGAAGCUAGGGAAUCCUCUGCUGGUGUUGCUUCAAGCACCUUUUCAGCUUCUCUCUCACCUGCUGUUUGACAGGCAGGUGUCCCCUGACAGAGUGCUGUCCCUGCUGCAGCAGGAAGGUCUGCGACUGAGCGUCCAGCAGGUGAUUGUCCAGCGAUGCUGUGAGGCUCUGCCUGUUUGGAUGUCCUGUCCAGGCAAUAAAAGAGACUCCGGCCAGGCCAAUAAAGACAAUGGAGUAUUCAGUAUUCCCAGCUUGUCUGUCCUGCUUCAACAGCAUGCUCAGGAGCACAUGUCAACUCUAGGUAUCGCAGAGCCUCAGUCUGACGCGAGCUCCGAGUCCGGGGCUUCAGUGGAAGAGCACUCUGCCACGCCCGCUAGCCUCUCCACGUCACCCGCCUUGUCUCCGUCUCAUUCAUCCUCCUCCUUAAGCUCUUUUCUCCUCACGCCAUCAGCCCUGUCUUUCCUUAAGUCUCGUUCCCCUUUAUUGGCCACGCUGGCAUGUCUGAGCGCCUGCAAAGGAGAAACUGCUCGGACCCAGUCCUCCGGAUGGUCUGGUUAUUUCCGUAGCGGCCGCAAAGAGGUUGUACUGGAUGGAGAGCAGAUUUCUCAUGAAGCAGAUAUCCUCCUGAAGGAAUUCCCUAUUCUCCGCUCUUACCUGCACACCAUGGCUGAACCAGUACUGGAUACCCUGUUAAGUGAGGGUGAGGAAGGUUCUGCUGGACUAGGGGCGGUUGUUUGUGGGAAACCUGUUGUCAGCCUUCUGCUGUCCGGGCCUCAAGAGGAAGUUGCCCAGGCUGUGGCUGCUGAGGCCUUCCAGAAGGCUUUGUCUUCAAGAAACAUGGGCAAAGCCCUCCGUCUGCUGGAGCUGUAUGGACAAGGCUGUAGCCAGGAGGGGGCGCUAAGAGACCGUCUGCUGGCCUGUGCUGCCUUAGAAGAUGCAGGUGAAGGUAUCGGUCAGCUGUUCCGCAUACAGGACGCCAACCUGCGAGCCCGCGUUGCCCUCCAGGCUCUGGAGCGCUGGCCUCUGUCAGCCUGCCUGGAGCUGCUCGAGUUCUGCCUCAACGACCCGAGCACAGAGACGUCACUGAGAACAGACUUGGAGCUCAAGAAGAAAGAACUGGACAUCUAUCACUGUAUGUUAAAUUUACAUCCGCCCUUGCCCUGGGCUACUUGGCAGGAGCUGAGGACUGAGUCUAAGACAAACUCUGAGUCCAUGUUAUCUAUGAUGCUCGAAGCCAAAGAGUUUGCUCUUUGUGCACAGUGGGUGGAGCUGUAUCCUGUGUCUGACCAGCUGAGACUGCAGCUACAGACUGAGCAUUUGCUUCAUCUGCUGGAGAAGGGACAGACAGAUGAGGCUUUCCAGUUACUUGAGGGCCUCUCAGACUUCGUGGUCGGCCUUGAUGUCUGUGAGCGCGCUCUGGACCACCGCCCAGGUUUGGCUGCCUGUCACUUCCUGGCUGAUUACCUCACUCUGCAUUUCCAGAGACAGGUGUCCCCGGCGCGUCGGCAACACAUCCACGCCCUGCAUCUAGGCUCUAAGGUGUUGCUGACUUUGCCCCCGGCUGCCAGGCAGGACUAUUUCCCCUUGCUGUCGGAGCCCCUGCUGAUGCUCGAGCAGCUGUUGAUGAACCUAAAGGUGGACUGGGCAGAUAUGGCUGUGCGGACCCUGCGGAGCCUCCUGGUUGGUCAAGAGGCUGGCUUUGGUGCAGAAGACAUCGACAAGCUUCUGGCAGACUACGGCUGCAAGGCCCUCGACUUCUCCUGCGCCCCUAGAGAGAGGUCUCGAUCUGACUCUAUAAUCAGCCUGCAGGAAACGCUGAUGCAGUGUCCUGCUCAAGACAGCGGCUCCUUGUCGUCCAGUCGAAUCGAAUCCUCAACACCCUCCACAGGUAACACCCCUACACACACACCCUCUACUAACAGCGCAGACAGGGAGAGGGAUCGAAACUCUGCAGGGAGAAAACGCCCGUCGCCUCCCAAAUUCCAGCCACCAGACCAACCUCCAGCCCGCAAAGACUGGGUCCCUGACACCCAGCAACACGUGUGCAUGGUCUGCCGGCGUGAGAGGUUCACCAUGUUCAACAGACGGCAUCACUGUCGGAGAUGUGGCCGCCUGGUUUGUCACGCAUGUUCAGAGCAUAAGAUGCCUGUAGAGGGCUGCCCAGGAGAGGAAGUCAGAGUCUGUGAUCAGUGCUACGCCUACUUUCACCCAGAUUCUGAUGACGAGCUGGAACCAGCUGAAGUGGCUGGCAGUCCUGUGGUCACAGAGGAAGUUCUUGAUGGGAUGCUGCAUCUGCCUGAGGUGGUCCAUCGACAGGUUCAACUCAACACAAACACUGCAGAGAACCAGCUGUUGAGGAGCGAGUUCUACUAUGAGCAGGCUCCGAGUGCGUACCUCUGCGUGGCCAUCUUGUCUCUGCACAGUGACCAGGCGGCCUGUGGUCAUCAGCUCAUUGGCCACUGCCACUCGCUGUCUCGUAAGCUGACCAACCCAGAGGUGGACGCCUGCCUCCUCACCGACAUCAUGCGGCAGCUGCUGUUCAGUGCUAAGCUGAUGUUUGUUAAGGUCGGCCGCAGCCAGGAUCUCGCCUUAUGUGACAGUUACAUCAGCAAAGUAGACGUGCUUAAAAUUCUGGUGACGGCCAAUUACAAAUACAUUCCCUCUCUGGACGACAUUCUGGAGACUUCUGCUGUCACACGUCUCCGCAACCAGCUGCUGGAAGCAGAGCACUACCAGCUAGCAGUGGAGGUGUCCACCAAGAGUGGCCUGGACCCUGGCGGGGUGUGGCAGGCAUGGGGGAUGGCGUCUCUCAUGGCGGGGAACCUAUCGGGAGCGAGGGAAAAGUUUGCCCGCUGCCUGAAGGCUCCAGUGGACCGCAACCACCUCAACCUGGGACCUUCGCUGCUGCAGGAGAUUGUCCAGCACUUGGAGACCAGCGUACAGCCGGCUCGCGCAACGUCUUAUGGUGAGGACAUCUUAGCGUCCCUGCGGGAGCUGGAGGACACCCUGCGUGAGGCUGGUCCUGUGGAUCGACCUGAGGGUCAGACUCCACGCAGCAACCUCCACCAGGAGUGUCUCUACUACCUGAACACAUAUGGCACUCACAUGGCUCUGAUCAGCUUCUAUAUGCGUCAUGACUGCGUGAAAGAGGCUCUAACAUACCUGCUCAACAAGGACUGCCCAGAUGAGGUGUUUCUGGAGGGUGUGCUGCAUCCCAGUCUAGAGCGAGGGCAUCUUGGAACACUGCAGGGCGUACUGGAAAAACUCGAUCCCGGCCUGGAGUCGUGCAGCCGCUACCUCAUCGCUGCCUGCCAGUUCCUGCAGCGGCGGGGCUACUUCUACACUCUCUACCAGCUCCAGCAGUUCAUGAUGGAUCACGUGCGUGCGGCCAUGACCUGUAUCCGAUUCUUCUCACAUGGCGCCAGUUCAUACCUGCAGCUGGGAGAACAGCAGCGCUGGCUGGUCAGAGCCAAGGAGCACCUGAGGACGUACCUGCAGGAGCAACAAGGUCGAGGUGGUGGGAGGAGAAGGUCUCAGGUCAACUCGCUCAGGAAGAUGAUGUCGUCCAGUGAUGUGUCCAGGCACAUGAACACAAUUGAGCUUCAGCUUGAGGUGACCCGUUUCCUCCACCUCUGUGAGGCCGCCGCCUCCUCCAAGGCUCCACAGACCAGUGCACCUUCCUCCAAGUCCCCUGGAUCCAACUCACCACCGACACUGUUUGGAGGAAGCUCCAUGAAAGUGGAGGUUGCCUGCAGGGUGAUGCUUGGAGGAAAAAACAUAGAGGAGGGUUUUGGCAUUGCAUACAGAGUCAUACAGGACUUCCAGCUGGAGGCCCAGGCGGUCUACGUGCGUGCGGGCCAAAGGCUUGUCCGACAGAGGCAGUACGGGGCCGUACGGCAGCUGCUCAAAUGUGUCGGUGAAUCGGGCACCGCCACCAAAAACGACUGCGACGCCCUCAUCCUCAGCUAUCUCUCCAUUGCAGAUAAGGGCCCUGCUGAUACCAAAGAGCUGGAAAGUCUCAUUCUGCAGACCAAGAGCACGGAAAGCAAGAUCAAGGCCUACCUGCUGUGCAGUAAACUACGACCAGCUUACCUGCAGGCGGUGAAGCUGGAUCCGAGUUGCGCCGGCCCGUUGGUCCAGGACGUCCUUCAGGCCGCUGAGGAAGCACAGGACUCAGUGAUGCAGAAUAUCUGCCGCCAGUGGCUGUCCGAGCAUCACAAGUCAUCUCAGCAGCGGCAGGGCCGACCCAGUGCCAGUAGCUGAGAGACAUCAAGGUCACCCGCGGGAGAACUACUACAUAAUAAAACAUGCUAACACUGAUGUAAUCACAUGCAGCCAUUCUUACAAAAUCUGUUGCUGACCAUUGGACUAAGAUUAAUCUCCUACCUCAGCCAAAAGGGAAAAUGUCUUGAACUGACUGGAAGGCCUUUUUUGUUCGUCUUAGUGUCCUUAUCGUCUGUAUUUGCGUCUGAAUAAGAUUUUUACUCAGACGUAAAUGUGAUGAGGUGUCCUCCGCCAGGAACGGCACAUGUUCAGUCCUUGAAGAAACUCAAUCUUAUUUUUGUCAUCUGAUGGAGCUGUUCACCUGUUUUACGUGAUAUUGUAACACUUUUUUUUGGUCAGCUUUCCCUUUUGGUAAGGGAAAAUAAUAUCUAACAGAAAUUGAAGCAUUUAAAGGCAUUUAUUAUGUUGAGAAAUUUGCAAGAAAUGUGGAAGUUUUAGGUUGGAUAUAGAAAGGGACUCACGUACAGAUCAUGUUACAGAUGAAGUUAUAUUCAUUUUCCAGAAAAUCAACUUUCAAGUCAUUAGUUUUGUCUCUGAGAGGGGAGGCGGCGCUAGUUUUUAAUGUGUGUUCUUGUGUCUCGUGUUUUGGUAACAGUCCAGAGUGUUACUGUUUUUAAGUCAUGUCUGAGCACAUCCAUAACCAUCAGCUCACACAGAUCAUCAGUCUUGUAGUGCUUUUAAAAAGGGAUUUAAACGUUGCCAUAUAGUUCUCUGUUUGUUUCCUUUUGUUUUUGCCUGUUUUGUUUCACGUUGGCCAAAACAAAAUAACUGUGCAAAUGUAGUCGUCACACAACAUGUUUUUAGUUCACUGACGUGACAAUCGCUUGUGUUGCUGAUGCUGCCUUUUCAAGUAUAUGAGAAUGUGUAUUUCAGAGAAACUCUGAUUAAGUGGUCAAGAAGUAUGUCUGUAUUUAGAGGAGAUCCUGUGUUUUUCCUUUGUCGUGCUGCUCUAGUCUGAAGACUGACAAACCUGAACCUGAUAAAGAGCGUUGAUCGGCAAGAAGCGAAAAGAAAACUUUAGAGAUGCAGGCACACGACAUUCUUGCACUCUUAAUCCUCCUUAACUUGGACUGUUGUCUCAUCACUGCCGCACUUUACACUUAGUGACUUUAAAAAAAUUUAUUUCUUUUGAUAAAAAUUGUAAUAUAUGUAAUUCAGUGACCGCUUUGACGACGCGGGGAAUAAUGAUUUUGAAGUGUAAUUCAUUUCUCCAUCCCCUGUAAAAUAAAAUGAAAUAAUAAAAAAAAAAAUGUGAAUAUACAAAAAUGUGGAAUACUGAGCUCAAUGCUGCCUACUUUCUUGAAAUAAAAGGAAAAGAAUGACA